AUGGCUUCCAAGGUUGUGAGGUGGAUUGCUCUAUGCUUCUGUGUGGCUUCCAUACUGUGUGAGUGUGUUAAGGCUACGUACACCACGAACCAUCAGUAUAAUCCUGCUGCUCAUAAUUAUGCCCUGGAUGGGCUGUACUGCGCUACAUAUGACUCUGAUCAGAGCCUGCAGUGGCGCAGUCAAUACCUUUGGACGGCCUAUUGUGACCAAGAUGGAAGUCCCAUGGGAGCUUCACUCUGCGGCAAAUGCAUCCAUGUGACAAAUGACGUAACAGGUGAAAGUGUGACCGUACGAAUUCUGGACAGGUGCGAAAAUGGAGGAUUGGAUUUAGAGACUGAAGCUUUUAGUGACAUCGAUGGAGAUGGAAAAGGACAUUUUAACGGCCAUAUGUCUACUACCUACACGUUCGUCGGCUGUUAA